AUGGCCGCUGUAGAAGCUGCCGGCAUCGGUGAGAAUCCCGGGGCCAAGUCCCUCUUGGUCAAAGAUGGAAAAGAGUCCCAGGAGGAAAAUGGGGCAGCCAGCCACCUCUCCGAACACUGCGAUGCUUCCUUCGCUGGGGCAGAGCUGAAUCGGCAACAGGCGCCCGCCAGCAAGCUGAAGAAGACGGCCUUUAAGUUCUUCGGGGGGAAGAGAAGCAUCUGCACCCUGCCCAGCUUUUUUGGGGGGAAGAAUAAAAGCCAGGCCAAGGGAGCCUCCAAAAAGGGUCUGAGCAAGAGCAAGACCCACGAUGGCAUCAGCGACGUGGCGCACGAAGAGGCCGCUUCCGGGUGUCUCAGGAGCCCCUCGGACGGAGGGCCAGACUUCCCUCCUCCCCAGCUUCUGCCAAGUUCCCAGAGCGCAGUUUUGGGGGCCGAGCUCAGAGUUGGCUUUGCCCAGCCCUCAAACUUUCUGUCCAGCAGCACCGAAGGCUUUGAGAAGAAGCUGACGGGAGAGAAGUUCCUCCCGAGAUCCAAAAAGGGGCUCAAGGGACUUUUUAAUAGCAUUCGCCGACAUCGGAAGAACAAAGUUGCGGAGCCUGAGAAGACGGAGCUGCAAGAGUGGGCUCUCCGGGACCCCGUCGCCGAAGAACAGCCAGGUGGAAAUGGGCUGGGUGGGAGUCUUCAGAGGGGGACUGUGACACCAGAACGUGGGGAGAAUGUCUCCGGCGAUGCUGUGCCUCCAAUAGCAGCCAGCCACAAUGAGGCGGGAGAGAUGGACCGCCUGGCCUCAAGCCCCAUUCGGUCUGUCGGCGAGGCAGCCAGAGGGCCUGCAUGUCCUGAAGGAUCUCAAGACGGGCAGCCAAACCUGCAGGACGCCUGUGCUGACUCUGCCUACGGGGACCUCCCUGAGGCUUUUGAACCAGAGUUCCUGCAGAAGAGCCCUCCUGGCGAACCAUCCGGGGAGCAACUUAGCUUGAUGUUUGGGGAGGUGACCUCCCUUAAAAGCUUUGACUCUUUCACCGGUUGUGGGGAUAUAAUUGCAGAACCAGAUAUCGAUAGCAUCACGGAGAGCUCCACCUCUGCGGAACGCAGCCGGGAGGCCGCCAAGAGGACCUCCUGUUUGGUUACCUACCAAGGCGGAGGGGAGGAAAUGGCCCUGCCGGAGGAUUUAGAAGAGUACCUCCAGCAGAUGUGGGCAGGAGCCAUCAAAGGGGAUGCAGACUCUGAAACACAUCUGCCGGAGCUCAUAACCAAAGGUGACCUUCAGGGCAUGAAGGAUGCCGAGCAGGACGUUCAUCUGUACCCUGAAGGAACAAGGAAUGACACGGACCUUCUGACACCGCACAGCGAUCAACAAGAGUCCGCUCCCAAUAGCGAUGAGGGCUACUAUGAUUCUACCACCCCAGGUCCUGAAGAGGAAACUGGUGAUGGUUUAGAUGAAAUCAAAAAGGACCGCCUUCCAAGGGACAGCUACAGUGGGGAUGCUCUUUAUGAGUUUUACGAACCUGACGAUGCAUUGAUGAGCCCGUCUCACGGGGAGGGAUCCUGGUUUGAUGGGAAAGUGUCCCCUUCGAAGAUAUUUGACCAGUUCCUGGACUUUGCUCUCCCCGAUGAGAAGGACUUGAUCUGGCUGAUGGAUCAGAAAAGUGAAGCGAUGGAAGAGCAGAGGCUGGCCACCCUCCAGAAACAGCUGCUUUUUUGGGAGAUGCAUAGAGACCCGGCCCUGAAACACCUCCAGGAGCUUAGAAGAGACCAACAUCUGAGUCCAGGGCAGCUGUCUGAAUGUAAGAUGCAAACAACCGGGUUAGUCGGGAAGAGCUCGAGUUGCCUUGGUUGUGAGCAAAUGAAUUUUUGUGCUUUGGAUGAAGGUCUAAGCGGUGGAAAGAAGCUAGCGGAAAACCAAGACUGGAAAGAGAAUUUCCACAAGAAGCUCUGUCCAGAAAAGCUCUGUGAUAGCAGCAGCACCACCACCACGAAAGAACACAGUGGUUGCCUUAUUCAGCCAUCGGAGAAUAGCUCAGAGCUGGACUCCAGCGGUGAACAUCCGGUGUUCGAGGCUUUGGCUUCAGGAAACUCUGUGACCUGCCCGCUUUACAGAGCGCAUGGCCACCCCAGCUGCUCUCCCAGAGCUGACUUUCAAGAGCCCUGCCAGGAAGGCAGCGAAGAACCAGAACCAGCGGUCAACUUCUCCCAAGCCUUGGUGGAAUUCACCAGCAACGGGACUCUUUUCUCCAGCCUGUCUGAAAGCCUUCGAAGCUCCGAUUCAGGCUCUGACUUCACUCAGAACUUUCCUGACCUGCCCACCAUGGUGACUUUUGACAUCGUCGAUGUGGAACAGGAAGGGGAAGGGGAGUGCGAGGAGCAUCUGGAGCUGAACACGGAGGAGGACCUGUCCGCGUCCUUCGAGGCUUUCCGGGAUACUUAUGACUCCAAAGCCUCCUUUGCUGAAUGUGAUGAGCGAAUGUUUCCUGAGUACCCUCAGGUCUCUUCCCACUGGGGAGCUGCCAGCCUCCCUCGGCGUCUCAGACUUCAGGAGCUGAGUCCACCUCUGCUGGAGCCGCUGUCCGUCUGCAGGAGAAGCCGAUCCCUGGACACCGAAAGUCUGGAGUUUGAGCUGGCCAGCUUGCAGCUAUCCAAGAACAGUUUUAGGCCGUUUGAGCUGUGGAGCGGUUCCAAAAAGGAUCCCGGUCCUCUUGGAUUGGACAUUGGCCUGGAAGGGGCGCCACAUUCUCCGGGAGAAAGAGAAGAAGGCGCCCCUGUGAUGUCACCAGAGGGCUCUACUUCUCAGAGGCCUGGUGGGGGCAACCUGGCUAAAAAACGUGCUUGGGUCCACCCUUUGGGAGAGAAAGGCCGAGAUCUGCCUUUGAGCUUUGAUUUUCCUUGUUCCCCUGACAAGUCGUCAGCGUGUAAGCCUGGAGAUGUGGCUCAAGGAACAUCUCAGCUUCAUACCAAGUAG